AUGCUCGGGCGGCCCCUCUCGAGCGCCGACAUGGCGGCCAUGGCGGCCAUGGCGGUGCGGGCUAGCGAGGCGCUGGCGACUAGAGCGCGGCCGCGUGGGCGCGGCGCCGGCAUCAGGAAGGUGCGCGUCACGCCGGUGCACGCCGAGGGCAGGCGUGGCGACGUGGACGCACAGGUCAACGCGAAGCUGAACGAGAGGACCCUUGGGGAGUACUCUGCGACGGCUUCGGGUGGUCCGGCGUGGAUCGGCAAGAAGGCUGCCGUGGCUGCGUUUCCGCCGGCGAGGAAGGCCCUCAAGCCGCUCAGCACCAUCCAAGAAGAUGCGGAGUGA